GUAAUUCCAAGUUCGGCAUGCUCACCACCAAGUCCUCCGACGAUGAGCUCCUCACAUCCCGCUGCAUGGCGCUCGCCGGCAAGGUACGCCUCCAAAACAUCAAUCACAUGCCCCUUGCCCCACACCCCAGGCCUUUUCUAUCGAGACUAACCCGGGACUUUCCGAAUGCGCAGGAACACGGCGGCAUCGACCUGGUCUUCCACACGAACCUCUUCUCGCACAAGACGAUGGACCUGACCACCCACCCCAAGGAGGUCAACAUGUCCUUCCUGGACCCGCUCAGCGGCUCCUGGGCCUCCAUCUCCGGCACCGCCUCCAUCAUCUCCGACCGCGACACCGUCAAGAAGUACUACUCGCCCGCCCUGCAGGCCUGGCUGGGUGACCUGGGCGACGGCGUGCACGACGGUGGCCCCGAGGACCCCCGCAUCGGCGUGAUCAAGCUCGAGGCGGUGACCGCCCACUAUGCGCUGGCUCGCAAGGGGAUGCUCACCCGCGCCGUCGAGACCGUCAAGAGCGUGGCUACCGGGAACGUGCCGGCUAUCAACAGCAUCCGCGAGCUGUCGCGGGCGGAGCUGGAGGAGUGUAAGUUCUCCUGCUUUUCCUCUCACUUUUUCGUCAUUGAACACCAGGUGGGUACUAAUCGGGAAUGAUAGGGCGCCGUACGCACGCGAACGAGUAAAUUCUCGCUGUUCGUUAUUCGCUGAACCAUAAGCCGUGACGAGUGGAUUACCUAUGAUUUCAUGACCCUGAUGACACAUGUGCGAAGUAGCAUGUCACUAGUAUCAUAUUUGUAUUAAGUUGCAAAAUGAA